UUUUUUUUGUUGGAAGUAAAGGUGGGAGAAGAGCGAGAGAGAGAGAGAGAGAGCUUGUGGAACCCUAACCCUAACCAGGACGGACAGGAGGAGUAGAUCCGUUCGAUCCCCAUGUCGUUCGCCGCUACAAGGAUGAUGGCGGCAGCCCGGCGCGCCUUCCACUCCAAGGCCGCGGAAGACGUGCGUAGACAUCUCGAUGCCAUGGAAAAGGCCAACCUUGAAAGGUUGCCACAGCUCUUGGAUCCCAUCAUCCGGCAGCGAGCCGCUCGAGAUGUCCACCGCAAUACCCACAGGAUCAAGAUCUAUGCUAAUCCUUGCAUAGGGAGGCCACCGCCCGAAGGGCACAUUUGGUAUGAUGUCGCCUGGGCAAAAAAUCUUGGUCUAGUUUUUUUUGUCACCUCAUUUUUUGGGAUGUACGAUGUUCUAUUCGAGGAGACUCAACAGUCUGACCACCAUAUGUCCUCCUCGUUGCCAAUGCCACCCUCCUAAAUUAUUCUGUGUAAAAUCAUCGCUGCCGACCGAUUUUAGAUUAUGAAAUAAUAAUCUCCAUGUCCUGUGGUCUUACUCUAUGAGGACCUUCUUAAUUCUAGCCUUGUGGUCUUAUAAUCUAUUAGUACCUCCUUAAUUUAAGCCUUGUGGAAGCACCUACUUAAUUUAAGCCUUGUGGGCUUGAUGUAUCAGCACCUACUUAAUUUAAGCUUUUGUGGGCUUGAUGUAUCAGCACCUACUUAAUUUAAGCCUUGUGUGCUUGAUGAUUUAAAGUAAGUACAUCCUUAAACUUAAA